AUGGCUGGAAAAAAUACCAUCUUUGUUGUGGAAACAAUUAUUAUAACAUUUCUUUUUUUCAAUAUUAUUGGAGUAUUUUCUGAUGAUUUAGUUCCAAUUCCAGCUGAUAAAUCACAAUUAAAUAGUUGGUUUAAAGCAAAUGUUAAGCCAUUACAUGCAAGAAAAGACACUUUGGACCCUGCCCUUGUAGCUGCUGAGGCUAAUAAAACUAUCAUUAAGGUGAGGACAAAUGGAAGCGGUGAUUUCAAGACUCUGACAGAAGCUAUUAACAGCAUUCCAGAAGGAAAUAAAAGAAGAGUUAUUAUUUGGAUUGGAGGUGGAAAUUACACAGAAAAAGUCAAAAUUGAGAGGUCAAAGCCUUUCAUAACAUUAUAUGGAGACCCUAAAAAUGUCCCAAAUAUUAUAUUUCAUGGAACUGCAAAACAAUAUAAUACUGUUAACAGUGCCACUGUGAUAGUUGAAUCUGAAUACUUCAGUGCUGUUAAUAUCAAUUUUGUGAAUACAGCACCAAGACCAGAUGGGAAAAGUGUUUUAGCUCAAGCAGCAGCAUUGAGAACAGGAGGAGAUAAAGCCUCAUUGUAUAAUUGUAAAAUGUUUGGAUUUCAAGACACUUUUUGUGAUGACAGUGGAAAGCAUUUCUUCAAAGAUUGCUACAUUGAAGGCACUGUUGAUUUCAUCUUUGGCAAUGGCAAAUCCUUAUAUUUGAACACAGAGACACAUGUAAUUCCAGGGGAUCCAAUGGCAAUGGUGACAGCACAUGCAAGGGCUGCAAAAAACUUUGAUAGUGGAUUUUCUUUUGUGCAUUGUAUGAUUACUGGUACAGGAAAUACAGCAUAUUUGGGAAGGGCAUGGAAGCAAUAUUCUAAAGUUGUUUUCUCUUAUAGUGAUAUGACUGAUGUUAUUCAUCCUGAAGGAUGGUCUAAUUUUGGCAAAAAGGAAUUUGACAGCACGGUAUAUUAUGGAGAAUACAAGAACAAAGGAGCAGGAGCAAAUCUAGCUCGUAGAGUUGGAUAUACAAAGAAAUUAAGUGAUGAAGAGGCAAAACCUUUUAUCUCCCUUGCCUUUAUUGAAGGCUCCAAGUGGCUGCUUCCUCCUGUGGCACUUUAA